AUGAAGUAUUGGACACAUGGGAAUUGCAUUCUUCCCUUGCAGAUCACAGAGGCCUUGUUAAAGGAAAGAGAUAAGCAAGCAAAAUGGAAUGGGAUCCCCUUACUGCUGCAGAAGCUCUAUGAACAUAGCCAUCCAAACAGCGACUUCUCCCAGUGCCAAAGCAUCUUAAAGGAAAUUUCUCCACUUCUUUCAAUGGAAGCCAUGGCAUUUGUUACAGAGGACAGGAAAGCUGCUCAAGAGUCCACUUUCCCCAAUACAUACACGUUUGACUUAUUUGGAGGAGUCGAUCUUCUAGUAGAAAUUCUCAUGAGACCAACUCUUAUUACACAGAAAAAGAAACAGAAAAUAAGUGAUGACCUCAUCAAGGACUGUUUAAGCAUACUGUACAACACCUGUAUAUGUACGGAAGGUGUCACGAGGCGACUGGCAGAGAGAAACGACUUCGUGUUGUUCCUGUUUACACUGAUGACAAACAAGAAGACAUUCCUACAAACUGCAACACUCAUUGAAGAUAUCCUGGGAGUUAAAAAGGAAAUGAUACAACUGGAUGAUAUUCCCAAUCUCGCAAGCCUUGUGUCCAGCUUUGACCAGCAGCAGCUUGCCAACUUCUGCAGGAUCCUGGCUGUCACCAUUUCUGAGCUGGACACGGGAAGUGAUGACAAGCACACGCUCCUGGCCAAAAACGCCCAGCAGAAAAAAAACCUGGGUCCUUCUCGAGCUGAAAUUAACCAAGCCACGCUGCUGAAUAUUCCUGGCUUCAUCGAGCGCUUGUGCAAGCUGGCCACACGGAAGGUGUCUGAGACCACAGGGACUUCCAGCUUCCUGCAGGAGCUGGAGGAGUGGUACACCUGGCUGGACAACGCACUGGUACUCGAUGCACUGAUGAGGGUGGCAAACGAAGAGGCAGAGCAGAGCAGUACAGAGUCCUCGGAUGAAAGCGGCCUGGCCAACACCUCCACACGGACGCAGCUGCCGCAGUCCAUGAAGAUCAUGCAUGAGAUCAUGUACAAGCUGGAGGUGCUGUAUGUUCUCUGUGUGCUGCUCAUGGGGAGACAAAGGAAUCAGGUUCAUAAAAUGAUUGCAGAGUUCAAACUAAUCCCUGGCCUCAAUAACUUGUUUGACAAACUCAUCUGGAGAAAGCACUCUGCUUCAGCCCUGGUUCUGCAUGGACACAACCAAAACUGUGACUGCAGCCCAGACAUUACUUUAAAGAUCCAGUUCUUGAGGCUUCUGCAGAGCUUUAGUGAUCACCAUGAGAACAAGUAUCUCCUUUUAAACAGCCAAGAACUUAAUGAGCUGAGUGCAAUCUCCCAUAAAGCCAACAUCCCCGAGGUGGAUGCAGUUGUCAACACAGACAGGAGUCUUGUCUGUGAUGGAAAAAGAGGGUUGCUGACCAGACUGCUUCAGGUCAUGAAGAAGGAACCAGCUGAAUCCUCCUUCAGGUUUUGGCAAGCAAGGGCAGUUGAAAGUUUUCUGCGAGGCACCACCUCCUAUGCAGACCAGAUGUUCCUGCUAAAGAGAGGACUCCUGGAGCAUAUUCUCUACUGCAUUGUUGACAGCGAGUGCAAGUCACGAGACGUGCUGCAGAGUUACUUUGACCUUCUGGGAGAACUGAUGAAAUUCAAUAUUGAUGCAUUCAAAAGGUUCAACAAGUACAUCAACACAGAUGAGAAGUUCCAGAUAUUUUUAAACCAGAUCAACAGUUCCUUGGUUGACUCAAACAUGCUCGUGCGCUGCAUUACGCUGUCCCUGGACCGCUUUGAGAAUCAGUCUGAUGCUAAAGUUGCAGAGGUGCUGUCGGAGUGCCGCCUGUUGUCCUAUAUGUCCCAGAUGUCCAUGAGGAUGUCCUUCCUUUUCCGCCUCAUCAACAUUAUCCACGUACAGACACUCACACAGGAGAACGUCAGCUGUUUGAACACAAGUUUAGUUAUCCUGAUGCUGGCCCGGAGGAAAGACAAACUCCCUUUUUACCUGCGCACUUUGCAACAGAUGGAGUACACCGAGAAGUACCCAGGCUUCAUCCUCAACAACUUCCACAGCCUCCUGCGGUUCUGGCAGCAGCAUUACCUCAACAAGGACAAAGACAGCACCUGCUUAGAAAAUAGCUCCUGUAUUAGUUUUACCUACUGGAAAGAGACUGUAUCUAUACUGCUCAGUCCAGACCGGACCUCCCCCUGUGCCAUAGUUAGCUACAUCGACGAGGCCUACAUGGACAUUGACAGGGACUUUUCUGAGGAGUGAGCUGCGCUCCGGCUGCCGCCGGGCCGCGCUCGGAGGGUACCUCUCAGCCCGUGGACUUCAGGGAUCCGCCGUGUCCUGUGCG